UAUUUGACAGCACCUCAACACUGCAAGGCUGACACUGAAAAGGAAGACAACACUGCACCAGUGACACUGACUGCUGCCUGCAGACGUAUUCCAUCUCCACCAUGAAGAUGCUGACUGUGUGUGCACUUCUUUGUGCAUUCAUGGUUCUGACUGGAGCUGCUGCUUUUCCAGGAGCAAGUGUUGGAAAAGGUCGAAAAGGUCAAACAGAAGAGCAUCCUGUUGUCAAGGGGUCAGUCGCUUUUGACGAUUGCCCUCCGAAAUCCGGUAAAACCUGUUUGAUCUUUGUUCCAAAAGCGAUGAGUUGGGCUGAUGCUGAGGAGAGAUCUUGGUUCUGGAGUGAUGGUACACGUUUCACCUACAACAACUGGUGUUCUGGAGAGCCUAAUGACACAAACAGCCAACACUGUUUACAAAUUAAUUAUUCAGUGAAAAAGUGCUGGGAUGAUGUACAGUGUAAGCGUAAACGUCCAUCUGUCUGUGGCAAAAAAUCCUGAUGUUUCCCAGAGGCAUGAGUUACAAACACUGGUGGAUGUGUGUUUAGCUUCCAUCAGUCUCACAUGUAACAUAUAACUUCUAUAUCUCACUUU